AGAUGGCUUCUUGUUAUCAAAACGUCCUCGCUCAAUAGCUGUGUGUCCAUACUGCAUUGUGUGACUUUACAAGUGGUAAAGCACUAAGCAAGGCAAGACAACUAUGUCCACAGCCUCUAAAGUUGUCUUGGGACUAUCGGUGGUUCUGACCAUUAGUACCGUGGCUGGAGUGCACAUCAAACAGAAUUGGGACAGACAGCGACUGCACGAAGGAGUAUUGCGCGACUUGGAACGAGUGGAGCGGAAGCGGGAGAACCUGCGGUUGCUAGAGGAGCAGAUUCAGCUGACCCAAGAGCUGGAGACGGAGAGGCAGCGCAGAGAAGCCUCCGCCGCCUCCGGAGCGACCCAGAGCCCGUAA